AUGCCCAACCCUCAACCCCCCCAACCCCUCCUCAAGCAAUUUACGAAUUACACAAACUCCGGCGUAGGCCUGGAGAACUUCCUGCGUCUGAUCCAGUCGAUAUGCCAGGUCAUCUCAGCGUCGGCGGUGUCGGCGGCUGAGGCAGAGCCAUGGACGAAGGCUUUCACGAAUUUGGCGCUGAGUCGCCGAUACUUCCGCUACUUCCAAUUCAUCGACUGCUUUGACCGGGCCUGGGGGAUUUUCUCGGGGCAAGAUGCGGUAGCUGCUAGCGGAUAUGUGCUGCAGACCAUGGCGGUGGGAGAAUGGAGUUGUUUGGGCGGCUACAUACUCCUGGAAGCUUCCACGAUUCUCGACGCUCUAAACAUUUAUCCAACCCCCUGGGCUGAACAGGUCCUUCUCGAAAGUUACAAGUUCUGGUUCUACUCCAUGGUCUUCGCUAGCGUGGGGAUUAUAUGGCAAUUAUUCGUGCCGGUCUCCUCGCCCAAAACCGAAUACACUAAGUCCAGCAAUGUCAAACAGGAAAAUAAAAAGAAGGGCUCCGAAUGGGAAACAGAGAAAACAAGUGAAAAGGCCAAUGCUGCUCCUGCUGGUAAUACGAAUACCAAUACCGCCCGCCUGUUGUCGGAACUUGUUGCCCUUGGAUGUGACAUUUUGAUCCCUGCGCAGUCACUCGGGUGGCUGGAUGUUGAUGACUUGACCGUUGGCAGUGCGGCGGUCGUUAGUACGCUAUUGAUAGGGAAGUAUAAGUGGGCCAAAGUGCAGGCGCAAGGAGGGGCUUUGUGA